GGUGGUCGAAUAGGUGGAAACGCAUGCGCUCCCUUUAGCCGGUAUGCUGGCAGGGAUGCUUCGCCACGAGCGAGACAGAGAAGCGUCUGCGACAAGGAGAACGACUGCUACAGAGAAAGACAGCUACAGAGCGUAUGCGAGAGAAAGAGAUAUCGCGAAUGGAGGAAGAAGAGAAGGAAAAAGAGGAAAGACAAGGAUCUAAAAAGUAAAAGGGAUAUCGCGAUCGUGGAAGCGCGACGCGAGACCGAUAAAGAUAAGCGGAGUGCGUCGUGUUUGCGUUGGAGAAAGAAAAAUCGAGUGAAAGGGGUGAAAAAGAGAGAAAGAGAGAGAGAGGGAGAGAGGGCUAGAGUGACACGCAGCGAUGGCUAGAACAGGAGGGAGGAAGCGAGGUCCGCCACGUCUAGGCAGCUCGAGAGACUCUACUCCCACCCAGCUCUCCUCUUCCUUGCUCGCUUUCUCUCUCUCCUCUUUCAGUGUUCGUUCGAACACGGCCCGGUACGGUUCUGUUGCCCCGUGCUCGAAGGAUCCUCUUCGUGAUGGGAGCUCGCUGCCGCGGUGGUAUCGGCAGGUUCCCUCGGUAGCCGAUUCUCCGACCCACCGAUGUCGCACGGCUCGUCAGGGUGACACGCGCGGUUCCUAGACAGGUAGUUCUCGUUUGCGGUCGGAUAAUCGGCACGUAUACGCGCGUACACUCACACACGCGGUGUACACACACACACACACACAACACAUACACACAUGUACAUGUACAUAUAUACACGGAAAAUCGGAAGAUAAACGUCCGUGAUUUCCGUCACCGGGAACGUGGUUCGAGAAGAGUAAGAAACACGAGAACGGAGAAAGAGGGUGAAGUGCGUGUGGAGGAGAGUGCGAGAUCCAAAGAGGGAGGUACCUAAGUGCACGCAAAGGCGGAAAGAGAGCCGCGAACAAGAGAACCUCCGAAAAUAUCGUUUCGAUGAGGUGGUGAGAACUCCGCUAGCGAGAAGACGCGGGUUUGCACGAGUGUCGACAGUUGGCUUCCACUCGAAAUCGCAAGGAUAGACAGAGGGGCUAUUCACCGUUACCAGACGCCACGAGGGCGAUCGGUUCGCUCUACGAUCGGAAUCAAAGUCGUUUGUCAUUGUCGAAAGCUGUUCACCCUCUGGGAGCGAAGCUCGAGACAGCUCUAGCCGUUUGUGUCACGGCGGUCAGGGGUCGGCGAUUCGAUCUUGAAUCAAAUCAGGGUUGGUCGAGGCGCUUCCGUCGUACGGGAGAGAAGGAAAAGCAUCAGAGAAAGUCGGAAGAAAGAUGUCGGGAAAUUAUUCGGUUCGGUGCGAGCCCGGUCUAGUGGUGCCGUUAUGGGGACCGCUGGAGAACCUCUACCUCUCCGACGUGAUCUUCCGCGGAUUUGUCUACUUUCUUCUGCUGUUGUACCUGUUCAUCGGCGUGUCGAUAAUCAGCGAUCGUUUCAUGGCUGCGAUCGAGGUAAUCACAUCGAAGGAGAAGGAACUGGUGGUUCGCCGCCAGGGUAAGGAGCCGCAGAUCGUGGUGGUGCGGGUGUGGAACGAGACCGUGGCGAAUUUGACGUUGAUGGCGCUGGGUAGCAGCGCGCCGGAGAUCCUCUUGUCGAUCAUCGAGAUCUGGGCGAAAAACUUCCAGGCUGGAGAAUUAGGGCCGGGUACGAUCGUCGGCUCGGCUGCCUACAAUCUCUUCGUCAUUAUCUCUCUGUGCGUGUUCGUGAUACCAAACGGCGAGACCAGGAAGAUCAAGCACCUGAGAGUGUUCUUCGUGACCGCCACGUGGAGCAUCUUCGCUUACGUUUGGCUAUACGUGAUUCUGGCGGUUUCCAGUCCUGGCGUGCUCGAGGUUUGGGAAGGUAUCCUUACCUUUUCAUUCUUCCCAGCCACGGUUCUCACGGCCUACGUGGCCGAUCGACGUCUGCUCAUCUACAAGUAUCUACACAAAGGCUACCGGAUGAACAAGAGAGGAGUGAUCGUGCAGGCUGAGGCCGGUGAUUCGGACGGUGGGGUGGAGCUCGAGAUUAAACCUCAGCAGGACAACUUCCACAACAUGACGGACGCCGACACGCCCGAAGCAAAGGAGUUCGAGCAGACCAGAAGGGAUUACAUCAACACUCUGAGAGAACUAAGAAGGAAACAUCCCACUUUGCCGCUGGAACAACUGGAGGUGAUGGCUCACGAAGAGGUGCUCGGAAAGGGGCCGAAGAGCAGAGCGUUCUACAGGGUACAGGCGACCAGGAAGAUGGUCGGCGCAGGAAAUCUGAGCAAGAAGAUCAGCGAAAGGGCGCAGAGCGACCUGAGCGAGGUCAAGGCCGAGCUGCAAAGGCAAGAGGCGGAGAGCAUCGACAUCGAGAACGUGAACGCUAUGAGAAUCUUCUUCGAACCUGGCCACUACACCGUGAUGGAAAACGUCGGUACCUUCGAGGUGGGAGUGACCAGAGUUGGCGGUGACCUAACCAAACCGUGCACCGUCGACUACUGCACCGAAGAUGGCUCGGCCGAGGCUGGUUCCGAUUACAUCAGCGCCAAGGGCACUCUGACCUUCGAUCCGGGCGAGACCAGGAAAACCAUCAAGCUCUCCGUCAUCGACGACGAGCUGUUCGAAGAGGACGAGCAUUUCUACAUCAGGUUGAGCAACGCGUCGCAGCCUGCCAUGCUGGUGUCACCUAGCUUGGCGACCGUGAUGAUCCUCGACGACGAUCACAGCGGCGUGUUCGGCUUCCCCGAAAGAGACAUCGAGCUGGUGGAAAGCGUUGGUCAGUUUGCUUUGCGAGUGGUGAGAUACAGCGGUGCCAGGGGACGUGUGACCAUCCCCUAUCGCACCAUCGAAGGAACGGCCAAGCCUACCAAGCAAUACAUGCACACGGAGGGCUCGCUCACCUUCGAGGACAAUCAGACCGAAAAGCUGAUCCAGCUGUCGAUCAUCGAGGAGGAUUCGUACGAGAAGGACGCGUUGUUCUAUGUCGAGUUAGGCGAACCACAGUUACAAGGAGCCGAGGCAGGGAUUGCAGUGGCGGCGGAAAUGAAGCAGCCGGAGGAGCGUACUGCCGAAGAAAAAAUGGCGUUGCUUGGGAAACCGAAACUGGGCGAGGUGUCCAGGGCGCAGAUACGAAUCAAAGAAUCGAAGGAGUUCAAGAACACGGUGGAUAAACUGGUGCAGAGAGCCAACGCUUCCAUCCUGCUCGGAACGAGCUCGUGGAAGGAACAGUUCACGGAGGCGUUGACGGUGAGCGGCGGCGACGAGGACGAGGGCGAAGGUGCUGGUGAACCAAUCUCACCGUCCUCCUUGGAUUAUCUGAUGCACGGCUUGACGUUAUUGUGGAAGGUGUUGUUCGCGUUCGUCCCACCAACUGAUAUCGCCGGUGGUUACCUGUGCUUUGUCAUCAGCAUAUUCGGAAUCGGUGUGGUGACGGCGGUAAUCGGAGACGUCGCAUCCUACUUCGGCUGCACCCUGGGAAUCAAGGACUCGGUUACCGCGGUGGUUUUCGUCGCUCUUGGUACCAGCAUUCCCGACACGUUCGCGAGCAAGGUGGCCGCCUGCCAGGACAAGUACGCCGAUGCGAGCGUGGGCAACGUGACCGGAAGUAACGCGGUGAACGUCUUCCUGGGGAUCGGCAUUGCAUGGAGCAUCGCAGCCAUUUACCAUGCCUUGCACGGUGAAAAGUUUUUGGUAGAACCGGGCAAUUUAGCCUUCUGCGUGACGUUGUUCUGCACGGAAGCUUGCCUGGUAAUCCUGAUUCUGCUACUGAGGCGGACGAAGAACAUUGGCGGCGAACUCGGCGGACCUUUCGUACCGAAGCUCGUUACGUCGCUGGUCCUUUUUUUCCUCUGGGUGUUCUACCUCAUUAUGUCGAUCCUCGAGGCCUACGGCUACAUCGAGGGCUUCUAAAAGGAGCCCGUUCAACGCUCGCAAACAUCGGCCUACAACCGCUCCGCGUGUAUCUUAAACUCGUCGCGUCCGCCAAGACGUGUGCUCAACGAAACGUUCUCUCGGACAAAAGGGAAGUGGAAUCGAAAGGGUGCGAUUUCGCUGGCGAACGAACUGUCUGAACUGUGCGCCGGAAAAUCACUGGUAGCUUUCACCCUCCCACACACGGGAUGAACAACAACGAACGUGAUCGCGUGGCGUUAUCGAAUGCGUGCAUGUGCGUAGGUACCUGAGAGAAUGAGCGUGAGAAAGGGAGAGCGCGAGUAUGUGUGAGAAGGAGCGAAUAAUUGGGAAAGAUAGGAAAGCAGUUAAUCACAGGAAAGGGAAGAAGUAGAAGAGAAAAGUGAGUAGAAGAGGAGAUGGGAGGAUAUACGAGAUGGACAAAGGAGAAGCUUACGUGUGCGAGGAAAUAAAGUGAGUUUGCCUUAAAGAUAAUUUAACGUAAUAAGACGUACGAAAGGAACGCGUUCUAGUCUCCGGCCGUGGCUCGUACGUUCACGGCUCUUAUCAAAUAGAAUGCAAGAUAACAAAAAUCAGAGAUGGAUAUAUUAUAUACAUAUAUUAUAUACACAGACACACGUACGUAUAAAUAGCGUAUUUAUUUAGUCCUUGAUGGAACACAGGUUUCUAUGGUAUUUUAGUAGCGGAUUGUAUUGCCAUUCCUCUUUCGCCAGAGAACGAUGUCGCUAAUUUUAUAUAAACGUAUAUUAUCAUACGAUGCUCCUUUCGGAACGCUCAUCGAUUCUUUCGCGAUCCCGUGGUCGCGAUAAGUUUUCCGGGCGGCCGUAGAGUUCCGUUAUAUCGAAGGAAGUCGUAGAUCGGAAUCGAUUUGCAUGAGAAAAGUCCGAAUCGCGACCUCACACAGGAAUACUACACGUAGAUAAAUAAGUUGAAGAUAUAUAGCCGCGGCGAGAGCAAGGCAAUGUACAGUGGAAGCGCAAAUUAUUCAUCGACUCCCUCGCGAAGGGGUGAGAUUCUUCGAAUAGGAAGGCAAACGUUCGAGAUUAGAAUCCCUCGGACGCUGGCAAGAUUCCUUUUAAACGAACAUCCUGUUUAAUCGCGUUAUAUCGAACGUACUUAUCGAUUUAGCCAAUACGCUGAUGGGGUAUUUCGUUUCGACCGUGGUUUUGCCUAUUCGCAACAAAUCGAGCCGUGACUCUCGAACGGAAAAUAAAAGGAGAGAUAGAAAGUAAUAGAAGCGCGAUCUCGAUAAUAAGCCAGCUCGCCGCAACGAUUGCUUAGAUCGUUACCACGAUGAAACAUGUUUGCUAUUUAUUAAGAAUUAAAUUAGGUAGUGCGACAAACAUAAUGAAAGACGCGUGCACGGUGUACGGCGGCCUUCGUUCGAAUGUCGAAAUUUUCAUUGGUGUUCACUGCCUUUGAUCGAGGGUCGCUUCAACACCUGACGCGUCGAGUAACGUUAAAACAAUUGAACGGACAUUAGUAGAACGACGUAGAGCACGUACGAUGUAAAAGGAAAAGAAAAAAGGAAAAAAAAAAUAGAAGCAUACGAAGAAGAAAAGCGAGCACGCGUUAAAAACAGCCGCAUCGACACGAGCAAUUGUGAGUUUCUGAGACCGUGUGCUCGAGGUUCGACAUUGAUAUCGGAUAUCCGUCGGAUACUCGAAAAAUCACAGUGACUUAUUAAACGUUCUCAGUGAGAACAACUGUUCGAUUAAUUUUAGCGAAACAUUGACCGGCCGACACGUGGCUGAAUCUAUUGUAGUUGAACGUGUCCUUAACGGCCACUCGUCUAAAAACCUAUAGUUACGUAGAGAUUUAAUUAACACUGCAAAGGUUGUAACUGACUAAAGUAUUACUGUAUUAUUUUCACCGUGCACCGAGGUAAUCGAGGAGAACACGUCCACGAUACGAAUCAGUCUCGCGAUACGGAUUCUCAUCGACGUGUCCUGGAUUCUCUCCUUUCCGUCGUGGAUUAAAGAUAGCAGAGAAUUCUGCCGUUUAUUAAUCUCCGAGGAACGACAAAAAUUAUCAAGGUCGUUAAAAUUUGCAGACGUAGCUAAUGAAUGAUUCACGCUCUGAUCGUCGAACGAGCCUUAUCUCCCUAGAAUCGCGUGUAAUUAACAGGAAAAUGAUAAAAGAGGCCAGUCGUAAAGAAAUUAUGAUCGUGUUCGUUAUUUACGAGCGGAUUGCGAAAGAGCCUUUAAACGAUUUGCAAAACGAUGUACAAGGGAUAGGCGUGCUUCCCUUUUCGUCCGAGGACAUGAUGAAAUGGCCAAUAAGGGCAGUGUACCUGGGAAGAAUCUCUCGGUAGAUGCAGAACGUAGGAGAACCGGAUUUUCACGGGGAGCGAAUCAAUUCGUGCGAAUUCUAAGUCGUUUGCAGGCAGAAAAACGCAAGAGAAAACGCGGCUACGGCUUGUACGCGCGCGCCAGAGUAAAAAGACGCGGAAGAGUCGUGGAAAGAUUCACCGGAUGGUCAAGCGGAACUCCGACGACCCGGAAUUCCGGCGAGAACACUCCGUCAAUCCGCACCGUGCUACCGCGUUUCCUUUUGCGUCGGGUCGAAGAUGAAAGCAAACCGAAUCUACCGCAGAAACGGAGUCUGGCACUUGGAGGUCGUUAAUUCUAAAAAUCAUGUUAUAUAAUGUUGCACGGUACGCUUGAUAGAAUGUUCGAUUUUGAAAUCUUCAUCGCGUUUCUUCGAUGCUCCUCCUGCGAAGAAAGAUCCGUAAGAUCACUCGAAGGUCGUUUGAAGAUAGCUUCUGAGUCACUUGGUGGUCGUUGGAAGGCUGCUUCAAAUAACUCGACGUCGAAAGGAAAUUCAAAGGAAAAUACACGCACACUGUUACCGCUGGAACAGCAUUUACUCUAGCAGUACAGUUUAUACGAAGUGUCGCAGACACAUGGUUGGUGCUCGACGAACGAAUACCAAACGCACAUAAGAAAAUCGAAGCUAUCAUUCUUCUUCGAUGUUUCCAUUACCCUGGUAGCGAAGGCUACGAUGAAUUAGUUUCUUUGACGAGGCUCGAGAUGUUAUCCGAGCCAAUUACACUUCCCAACUUAUCGCGUGAAGGAGCAAGAGUGUAGCUCUUGCGAAGAAAUAGCCUUCUCUCGCAAGCUUUCGUUGUGAAACGAGUCUACCAACGCGUAUUUGAUCUUCAAUCGGGCUGCUUGUUUUCAAAUUACGAGAAUCUUUUCUUUCGCGGUUCGUUUCUUAAAAAAUUCUUCGUAGAAAAUUACCCGGAAAUCUGAACUUCGUACGUAGCUACUCGGUCGCAGUUGGGAAACGAUCGAGGAACGAUCUUGACAUAGUACGACAUUCGGUGCACAGUUGUCGAUUGAUCGAAUGCCAUGCGCGUAGAUUUGCUUUUGAGCAUCUCUGAAUCGAUUUCGGUGAUCCCUGAUGGUCCGCGAGAGGGAGAGCAAAAAAUAAAUCAAUCAAAGGAACACGAUGUGAAAAUUGGGGUCUCCGUCGAGUUUCUUCCCUUCGAUCUGCCUGCAAACGACGCUAGCGGAGUUAAAAAACACGCGAUCCCUCGUGAACCUUAGCCAAUUAUGCGGAGUACUACCUUCCAGUGUACGCCGUAUAACCGUUUACACAACCCAGCCGAGGGCCUCGCGUUUUAUUUCACUCCAUUUCGCUCCGGGGGUGGGUUAGGGUGGUAGGGAAAUUGAUGUUAGUAGGGUGAAGCAAAUUUUUAAAACAGAAGAAGCAAAAUCUGCGAAAGCAUCGUAUAAGCGACCACACACGGUCGCGAUGUCAGCCAAAAAGAUCACAGAUAUACAUAUGUGUGUAUAAAGGAGAAAAGAAGUAUAUAGUGUAUGUAUACAUACGAUAUAGAUAUUUUAAUAAGAGAACCGUUCAAAGAGAUUUAAUAUAUAUACAUACAUAUACAGAUAUAUAUAUAUAUAUAUACACAUAUACAUAUAUAAGUAUACACAUACAGUAGGACGUAUGUAGACGACACUCAAUAGCAAAGCGUUGAAGUGAUAAACCGUAAAUGGGAUCCGAAGAGUUACCAGGUUCUCGAGGUUCGACUGCUGGACGAACGAUCGUCAUCGAUCGAUACAAGAGAAAAUUAUCGAAACCUUUCGAUCGCAAGAGAAACGUCACCGUAGACCACCAAGAAAGAAAGAGAGAGAGAGAGAGAGAGAAAAGAAGGAAACUCGUCGAUUUCUGUUCUGAACGAGGUGCUUCGUCGCGACCGUGCGUUUCAUCGUCUCGAAACGGUAUGCGCGUAAAAAUACGUUCUGCUACUAAGUACCUGAUUCACCUUUCAAUUUGCUUUCGGUGAGCAACUCUGCCGUCUAAACGGCUGUCCGUUGCUCGCUAACAUAGCCAUUUUACUAACGUGUAACGUUCGAUGCUUAACUUUUCGCUCGUAUGUACCAUUACAAACGGAAUCGUUCUAUCGUAACUCUAAACCUCCUUCGCUCCCUUCGAGGAACGACGUCUCCUGCACGUCGCGUCGCGCCGUUUUUCUCGCGAUCGGACGCGAUUCAUCACCGGCGAUUGAAAUUCACAGGAGCCGGAAGCUCGCUUGAAAUUCACAGGAUACAGAAUUUCGUGGUGCAAGUACAUGGGAAGAUCGAUAGGGUGUUUUAUAGACGUUACAGCCAGUACACCGAGUCGCACACGGAGAAAAUGGAAGCGAUUGAUCAGACGCAAUCAAAAGUGCUACGCGUACCUCGACGAUCGACACGUCCAGCAGCGUUAUCGGCGAGAAUUUAUGGAAACGGACGAUCUCUCUUCUUCGUGCAUUUAUUCCAAUUACUCUUCAUCCAGUCUCUCGUGCAAGAUCCUUUCAAUCCUGUUAAGCGGACUUGCAACAAAGCGAAUUCAAUGGCCGCGUGUUUAUGCCACGGACGGUCGUUUGAAUUCGCUCGUUUUAUUCGCCGAGCGUCGUUUUUGAAGCGGCACUAUCUUCAUCCUCGUUUUACAUUCCUUCCCUUGUUUUUCCCCUCUUUCUCUUCUAUUAGGAGCAUCGUCGCGAAGCGUCCCCAACCUUGCGAACAAACGAGAUUUCGUUGCAUCACGCGGUUGACGCGUGAUCACUGGACCGACCGAUUAGUUUCAACCUUUUUUCACUCGAUGGAAUAUUUUGAAAUUCGUGUCGUUGUCGAACGACAGCUCGCGGAUAAGUAUUUUUCACUCGUUAGAAUUAGAACGAACGCUGAUUAAAGGGAAACGUUGCCGAGUGCCGUGCUCUUAUCAUCUGGCCAAAAUUCCAGGGUUUCUUUCACCGAAUUGUAUAGCACUGUAACAAAUUGGAAACUCGGACAACUAAUUUCUUAAUUGAACUCGCGAUAAAAUAAACGAUCCAGGCCAUUCCGCUCGAACGGAAACGAAUAGCCCGGCAAACAAAAUACAAGCAGACCACCGGGCAAAACCUCGUAAACCGAAAGUAAUGGAAAUUAUAAUGCUCGCUCGCGGCACUCGAGGAUUUUCCAUUUAAUCAUGCCUGCCGAUGUUUGCUGUUUAAGUAGAUACUUAGAAUCGAACGACAGCGAGCGGAAAAUGUGCUUUGCUCUUUGAUGGACAUUCUCUAUUUGUUGGAAUUUAAGAACGUCGUUUUCGCAUGGCCAGCCCCAGCUCCCGUCGACGUCGCGAAUCGAUAACGAAAACCCUCUGUGGAAUUCCAUAGAGUCGAGAGAAACUCGCUAAAAUUUGCCGCUGAUAUUGCGAAGGUUUUCAGAUACCUUCGAGCGAGUAACAUUGAUUGCAAAUACGUCGCAUGGGAUGAGAGACAUUGCGGGUCGAGCAAAAUUGAUAGCUCGAAUUCGCGUGAUUCGAUGCUCGUCGGAACCGACGUCUCCUUUGACGCCGAUUUCUUUCCCUUUUUCCCUCUUUUACUUUGUACCAGGUACUUUGUACUGGUUAUACGAACCGCGUAU